AUGCAGCGAGAUGCAGCCAGGUGGAGGCAGUCAAUGCUGCACGAAGAGUGCGGGGGAUCGGUCUAGAUGGCUCAGUGCUUGAGAUGCCUUUGCUUUCCUUAGAGAACAUCACUCUGUCCAGUGCCCGUCACGUGACCAUAAGCCCACAUGAACCAGGUGAAGGAGCCAACCCAAUGGAGGGACGUCGCUCUUGGCGGUUCCGUGCUCGGAUCGAGGGGCCGAUUGCCUCGUUCCCAGCCGCGGUCGAUGUCGGCGUUGGCGACAUCGGCCUGUUCCAGGCGCUGCUCUCGCAGCCCCAAGAAACCAUCGGAGACUUUGAUGGACCCGUGGCCCUUCUGGGCCAGGACAUAAUGACUCAGCUGCCUCUGCGCUACAGCGCAGCAAGAGGCACGCUUUGGUUUCGUCAUUAGGCCAAUGCUUUGUGUUGUAGACUCGUAGAGCCUCGUAGACGUUCUUAGUUCCGGCCAAUGAUGGCUUGCAAAUGCCCUUGUACCUUCUCCUAGAUGUUCGUAGCUGACACAAUUACUUCAAGCCAGCCGGUAAAA